AUGAAUAAUGCAGCCAACCACACCCAGAGAGUACAAUGGACCGAAGAGGAAUACAAAGAAGUCAUAUGGUGCCAUUGGUUUGUUCAACAGCUUCAAGAAAUUAAAGACGAUGUUCACUCCACCAUAGAAGCAUCCACUGACCAACACACAACUGAAAGCUCACCAGGUGAUGCCACAAACGACGAGAACCGCCCGUCGAGACGGAAUGAUCCAACUGACCCCAGGGAAUCGGAGUCAACGCCAGACAGACCUCAAACCAACGAAACUCCCAGAAGAAGUAAGCAGCUGAGAAUACCAUCUCCAGAACCAGAACACGAAACAACUCCCCAAGAGCAGAACAUGGCGAGCACUUUAGAAACAACGACCUCUACAUCAAAGCUAAGAAGCGUGUAUCAAGAAGUUCUCGAGAUGAAUCUGGAAGAAAGAGAGCCGAUAAGGAAAAUAAAGGGGGCGAAAAAAGACAAAGAAAUCAUCAUGCGAACUAACAAUGAAGUACAAAAUAUGCUUGAGAGCGAAGAAAAUCUCGACCUUUGGAAAAUCAACUGCUUGCUCUACGCUGCAGCCCUCACAAUCAGUGACGAGUCGACCGGCCCAAAAGGAACUAAAAUGAACAAGAAAGAAAGUAAGCCCUUAUGGCAAAAAAGAAUUGAGUUCAGAAUCCAAGAUCUGAGGAGGAACCUUUCAGUACUAGCUAACUUCAAAAUAACGAGCAAGGAAAAAGUACAACAGACAACCCACAAAGUCCAGUCAAUCCUAGAUAAAUACACCGCGGAAGGAGAAGAAAGCAGUAUAGACAAUGUAAUGGAGCAACUGAGGCAACGUAUUGCUGUCUUUAGCCAAAGAAUAAGAAGGUACCAGAAAAGAUCAAAUCAAUUCUCUCACAACAGAAGCUUCGAAACCAACUGCAAAAGCUUCUACAGGAACAUCAAAGGUGACUCCUCCGACAUCGGUGAAACCCCAGAGAAAGAAAAG